ACCUUUGUUCCCACACAACCAAAUCCCUCUCUUGCUCUCUAAAACCUCCAAGAAUUCUCAGCCAUCAAACCUUGUUGGGGUUCCUCAGAAACAGAGAAUUUCAAUUCUGUAUAAAAAAUUUGUGGGGGUACAUUUUCUGUAUGGUCCCACGAACCCCACCAUUGUCAAAUCUCACCUGAGUUUUUGUUUUUUGGUCUUUUUUGGGGGUGGGGGUUGUGGGGUGAGAGGUAUGUUGUCUUGAAAUAUUGCAUGGAUUUCACAUGCCGAUGUUCAUAACCUUGAGAAAAUAAUUUUUUAGUGUUUUUUUAAUCCUUUGAGAAUUCCUUUGAGAAUUGAGAUAUUGUAAAAUAUGUUUGGGUGUCAGUGUUUCCAGUGGAGCAGGAUCGCCGAAUUGUUGCCGCCGGAUACCAAAACAUUCUCGCUGCCGGCUCCGAUUCCCACAUGGCCUCAAGGUCAAGGAUUUGCGUCUGGCGUAAUCAAUCUUGGAGAACUAGAAGUCUUUCAAAUAUCCAGGUUUGAGUUUGUUUGGGGCAGCAAUCUGUCGCAGGACAAGAAAAAGGGUGUUACGUUUUACAAACCAGUGGGAAUUCCAAAUGGAUUUUUCAGCUUGGGUCACUACUGCCAAUCGAACGACCAGCCAUUGCAAGGAUUUGUUCUUGUGGCUAGGGAAGUGGCUUGUUCCAAUCCCGAAGUUGCUCAAAUUUGCAAUCCUGAUAAAUCUCCACCUCUUCAAAAGCCCCUUGACUAUACAUUACUUUGGAGUCCAGAUGAUGGAAGCGAGGAAAAUUAUGAUUCAUGUGGUUAUUUUUGGCUACCUCAACCUCCUGAGGGUUAUGAGGCCAUGGGGUUUGUGGUUACCAACAAGCCAGACAGGCCUGAGUUGGAUGAAGUGAGAUGUGUUCGAGCAGACCUGACAGAUUCAUGUGAAACUCACCAUCUUAUAUUUAAAACCAUUUCCAAAUUGUCAAAAGUACCAUUUCGAGUUUGGAGCUUAAGACCUUGUCACCGGGGAAUGCUGGGAAAAGGUAUCCCUACAGGAACAUUUUUCUGCAGUAGCUACUGGAGCCAUGGAGAAGAGGUGAAUAUUGUGUGCUUGAAGAACUUAAAUCCAUCUCUACAUGCAAUGCCAAACCUUGAUCAGAUUCAUGCCCUCAUCAAGCACUAUGGGCCUACUAUUUUUUUCCAUCCCAAUGAGGCUUACUUGCCGUCUUCUGUUGCAUGGUUUUUCAAAAAUGGAGCACUGUUGUACAAAAAGGGUGAAUCAGAUGGUCAGGCAAUCGAUCCGGAAGGCUUGAAUUUGCCAAGUGGUGGGAAAAAUGAUGGGGAAUAUUGGAUAGACUUACCAAGUGGUGAUAAAAAGAGAAGCCUCAAAAAUGGAAACUUGGAAAGUGCUAAACUUUACGUCCAUGUGAAGCCAGCUUCAGGUGGGACUUUCACUGAUAUUGUGAUGUGGGUCUUUUGCCCCUUCAAUGGGCCAGCUACUCUCAAGGUUGGACUCAUGAAUAUUGCCCUUAGCAAGAUCGGUCAGCAUGUGGGUGACUGGGAACAUUUCACCCUCCGUAUAAGCAACUUUACUGGAGAGCUCUGGAGUAUAUAUUUCUCACAGCACAGUGGUGGCAUAUGGGUGAAUGCUUGUGAUUUGGAGUUCAUAGAGGGGAAUAAAGCCAUUGUUUACUCAUCAAGAAGUGGCCACGCAAGCUUUCCUCAUCCUGGGAGCUACAUUCAAGGUUCGUCAAAGCUAGGGAUUGGAAUAAGGAAUGAUGCUGCUAGAAGUAAUUUGUAUGUGGAUUCAAGCAUUGAGUAUGAAAUUAUUGCAGCAGGGUAUCUUGGAGACGGAGUUGUUACAGAGCCAUGCUGGUUGCAGUACAUGAGGGAAUGGGGUCCAACUAUUGUGUAUGAUUCAAGGUCUGAACUGGAUAAGAUGAUCAACUUUUUACCAGCAAUGGUUCGAUACUCGGUCGAGAAUAUUUUUAAUAAGUUUCCAUUGGAGCUAUCUGGGGAAGAAGGGCCAACUGGGCCAAAGGAGAAGAAAAACUGGGCAGGAGAUGAAAGAUGGUGAGUGUUUUGCUCUUUUUACUGGUCUGUUCAUAUGACACACAGAGAAUUAUAGAGAACUGAAUUAACCUUAUUGUAACCUAUGUAGACUUAAGAUUUAUUGGAACAUUAGUAUGAUGAACUAGGGCUUCUCAUGGGAAGAAGGGGGAAGAAGCAUAGGACAUUAGUGGGAUCUUUUCCAAAUUUAUGCAUCAUCUGUAUUCUAUGCUAAAUAAGCUCAAGAAAUUAAAUAAAAUUUAUUCCAAUUUCAGUA